GGUAGACGCGCCGAUACGUGUCUGGCGCGCUGACGUCAUUUCCGUAGAGUGCAACGUGCAUGUUUGACAACAAGCUCUACGUGGAUUUCGGGAAGAUCUUUUGCCCCUAAAAUCGUCCAACGAUGACUAAAUUACAAUAUCUGAAUGUGUAUCUGACUGAGCGUCUCAUGCAAGCUGCUGGGGAAAUACUAAGAGUUGUCGCAGACACAAUCUCCGAGUACCAGGAAGAAAUAUCCCGGACAAAGAGAGAGAACAAAUACCUGAAACGACAACUGAACACGCCGGUUCUAUCGCUGGCCCCUCAGCCCAUACUGUCUUGUGUCUCGGAGCAGCAAAGUCCACCUGAGCAGCAGUACUGUGAGGAGUGGAGCCCCAGUCUGGGCCAGGAGGACCUUGAGACCACACAGAUUAAAGAGGAACAGGGUGAACUCGGGACCAGUCAGGAGGAAGAGCAGCUUCAAGUACCAGAGUCUGAUACCAAAGAAGACUCCAUAUCUACUCUUCCCUGUGUGAAAAAUGAUGAGGACCGACCUCAGCCUUCACAUCUUUCCCGAAGCGAAACUGUGGAGAACAGAGUGAGGGAGUCUCUACUGACCAACACAACUGGACAGAUCAAAACAGAACCUGAUGGCUAUGGAGUAUCACUAUCAGAACCAACCAGUGACUCCCUUCAGUCUCAGCCCGUCUCUGAAGUAAGUCCAGUCUCUUCUAGAACACAAAGUCAGAACACUGAGAACACAGAAAGUGUUCCUAUUGUUCUGAGAGAUCUAGAAAGGAGACCAGAGGAGGAUACAGACACACACUCAUGUACUCAGUGUGGAGCCGUGUUCUGUGAGCUAUCCCAACUGGAGGCACACAUGCCAUCCCACACAGCACCACACAGUGGUGACACUAGUCACAGGCAAAUCAUGUGCACAGUCUGUUGGAAGUCAUUCACCUCUACCAGUUACCUCAAGGUCCACCAGCGUUCUCACACUAAGGAAAAGCCCUUUCACUGUGGUGUGUGUGGCAAAAGCUUCAGCUACUCAGGGAAGUUCAGGGAACACCAACGGAUUCACACAGGAGAGAGACCUUACCGCUGCCAUGUGUGUGGUAAACGCUUCAACCAGUCAGCCCACCUGAAGGCCCACCUGAGGGUACACACAGGGGAGAAACCCUACUCCUGUCCUGUCUGUGGGAAAGGAUUCAGUCAGUCUGGACAGAUCAAGGGACACCUCAGAACUCACAUCCAAGGGAGGUAGAAUAAUAAUAACUUGGAGUGGAAAGAGCCCAUGAGUGGAUAAACAGUAACCUCGGAAGCCGCCUGAUCUCACAAGCUUACAUGAAUGGUUCGCUACCACAGAAUCAGUCUGAUAAUUACGAGGCUAGAUAGACAGAGCCUUCUGUUCUCAAAGUGCCCAGCAUUUGGGAAGAGAAAAAUAAAUGUCUUAUUUUCAGUGCUACUAAUUCUACAGUAACAGUACCUCAGUAUUCACACCCCAUGACUAAUUCCACAUUUUGUUGUUACAGCCUGAAUUCAAAAUGGUAAUUACGAGGUUAGAUAGAGCCUCCUGUUCUCAAAAUGCCCAGCGAUUGGGAAGAGAAAGAGAGACAUUUAUUUUCAGUGCUACAAAUUUCACAUUUAAUUGUAAGACUAGAGGAUUAUAGAAUGUGUGAUUUUUUAUUUUUUUAUUUCACCUUUAUUUAACCAGGUAGGCUAGUUGAGAACAAGUUCUCAUUUACAACUGCGACCUGGCCAAGAUAAAGCAUAGCAGUGUGAACAGACAACACAGAGUUACACAUGGAGUAAACAAUGAUGUGUUUUGGACCCAUAACUGAGGCAGAGUAUAUCUGAAUUUAUUUAAGAGAGCUUCUUAAUAACAUGCUAUGAAAAGACUGGGCUCAUCCCCUGUAUUGCUAGGUGACACUAACUAUGUUAGAGAGUAAUAUAAUGUUAAUUUUGGUGUUAUCUCCCUUGAUUUCCUCUUGAUGAUUCCAGUUGGAGCUGAUUGGUCUUCUUGCAAAUAAACUAUCUCAGUCAUAUUGA